GCGAAAACACUCCGCAAACUGAUCCAGCAGCAGUUCCGGCAUUAUGCUCAAUUGAACGAAUCUGAAUGUGUCUUCAAGUUUUUUGAAACUCUGUUUACUGUACACCCCUUCUACCAUGAGAAAUUUCAGUGUUCACUACGGUCUGGUUGGAGUAUCUCUGUGGAGAUUGUCAUCGGUCCAGAUGUGGGGAUUAGCUUCCUGACGGAAAAAGCUUCAACUCCAACACGUGUGGCAGACUUUGCUCAGGUACAGUCCGUGCAUACAAUGAUGGCUGAUGAAGGCAGUGGUGUGGUACAGCUGAAGAUUGUCGAUGCUGCGGAACCCCUGAUAAUCAUGUGCAGAAACUUGGAUGAGGCCGAAGAUAUGGCUGAUUUGAUAGAUGGCUACUGCAGGCUGGUGCAUGACAUGCAAGGUUCCCUGUGGACCAGGAGAGGUAGUAGCUAUCUUUUCUGGUCUUUUUGGAUAUCUGACUAUGCAGAAAUUGUGGAAAAGGAAGAUGAUUAUAGCGUUGUAGAUGCACGUGACUUUGAGAUUCCACGUGACCACAUCCAUCUGGUGGAGAUCCUGGGUGAGGGCCAGUUUGGAGAUGUUUAUAAAGGAUUUUACCUAGGCCAGGAUGGGGUGCAAGUUCCUGUGGCUAUCAAAACCUGCAAAGAAAAUGGAGAAGAAGGUGUGGCAGAGAAGUUUCUAGAAGAAGCAUAUAUCAUGCAGCAGUUUGACCAUCCUCACAUAGUGAAGCUGACCGGCAUCUGUUCGGACACAAGUCCAGUCUGGUUGGUCAUGGAGCUGGCUAAACAUGGGGAGAUGCGAGCCUACCUACAGAAUAACCAGCAGAGGAUUGAUGUGGUUAUGCUAGUUCUGUAUGCCUACCAGCUCAGCACAGCUCUGUCAUACUUAGAGAGCAAGAAGUUUGUCCACAGAGAUAUUGCAGCCAGAAAUGUCCUGGUGUCUGCUCAUGACUGUGUGAAGCUUGGAGACUUUGGUCUGUCCAGAUGGGUGGAGGAAGAAUGCUACUAUAAAGCUUCCAAGGGGAAGCUGCCCAUCAAGUGGAUGGCCCCCGAGUCCAUCAACUUUCGCAAGUUCACUACAGCAAGUGAUGUCUGGAUGUUUGGUGUGUGUGUUUGGGAAAUCCUUAUGUAUGGAGUCAAGCCAUUCCAGAAUGUCAGAAACAACGAUGUCAUUGGAAAAAUAGAGGCUGGCGAGAGACUGUCCCUUCCUGCUGGUUGCCCUCCUACAGUGUAUGAGCUGAUGUCCGCCUGCUGGCAUUAUGAACCUUCCAGGCGACCCACUUUUGCUAACUUGAAAACCUGGCUAUAUGAUAUAUUAGACGAAGAGCGUCGCAGGCAGGAAGUGAUUCACAGAGACCAUUGGAGAGUGCAGGCUGUGAGUUUGAAUGGUAAUGGUUCAGAUGAAGAGCUACACCCUCCACCCAAACCAGCACGCCCGCAGUAUGCCAUGUUAUCCCCAACUGCGUCCACCCCUAACUUAUCGGUUAGUGCCCCCAUCUCACCCAACUCAUCAGUGGCCUCCCUGCCACAUCAUUGGAACAGUACCACCAUUCUUCCCCUUGGCCAUAGUACUCCUGUAUGUGGCCCUUCUCCUGAGGGCAAAGGUCAGGGUUUACGUCCUCCUGAGGGCAAAGGUCAGGGGUCACAUCUACAAGAUCAUAACCACCAGCAGAAUCUCCCGCUACCUCCUCAACCACCAGCACAAUCAGGGACCCAUGUUGAUUUCUCUUCAACUCUGUUUCCCCAGAUUCUGUCCCAACACUACAGACAUGUAGCGGAUGUGGACGAAUCUGUCAUUGAGCAGCGACUAAGGCAGCAGCGGAAGGAAUCAGAGGAGGAUGCUAAAUGGCUGGAGGAUGAAGAGAAGAACUUAGUAAGUAAAGUAAAGCAAAGGACCCCUUUUCCCAGGCUUUUAUUGGAUCAAAUGGAAAGUACACUUUUUUAUGUCUCUGUUAUCAGUUGUAAUUCCAGAAUACCUGUGGGUGAUGGAGUGUACAAAAAGACAACCAGUGUGGUCCGAGCUGUAAUGGUUUUGACCAGGGGAGCAGAAAACAUGGAUGCCAGUUCCUACUUGGACACAGUUAAGACAAUCGGCAGUGAGCUGAGGGAUUUGUUAGCUCAGGUAGACAACACUUUGCCUCAAUUAUCCUCUGAGAGUCAUAAACAGAUUGAAAUGGCCCAGAAAGUGCUGUCGACAGACAUGGCCUCGCUGAUCAGUGCAAUGAGGCUGGCUCUAGAGAACUACUACACACCCUUGCUGGCAGAGUACAGGAAGGGGAUGCUCAAAUCUGCUCACGCACUGGCUAUGGACUCCAAGAACCUUCUAGAUAUUGUUGACUCUGCAAGAUUAAAGCAGGUAUCCUAG